AAUAUCUCUGGAAAAUUCAGUUCCUUUUAAAGAAAACCGGUGAUCUCAUUGGAUCUUCCCGGUCCAGUUUUCAAUCGCUGCCGGUAACCCAUUCCCCUAUUUCUCCCGCCGCCGGCUACCGCCUUUUCCCGCACUGGUCCGCCUUCUUCCGACAGUUCUAAUUUCCCGACUAUUGCCAAUCGAGAAGAGAACUUUUCCAGAAAGUUCCAGGGUUUGAUAAAACCAGCUGCAAUUCAAAAGACCAUUGUAAGGAUGAUGAGGAAGUCGGGAUAUGGGUUACAACUAAGAGUUCCACCAUCACAGCAGAAGAAGAAACCGGGGGGCUCCACAAGGCCUCCGCUUCCUACAGCAGCACUUGGUUUCGGAGAUGAUGAUGAUGACGUGGAAAAAGAAAUUUCUCGCCAUGCCUCCAAGAAUAAGGCUCUCAAAGAUAUUGAAGAACAGCAUAAGAAGGCAUUAGAAGAGGACCCUUCAGUAUUUGAUUAUGAUGGCGUAUAUGAUGAUAUGAAAAUGAAGGCUGUCCAACCUCGAGCUCAGGAUCGCGAGGAGAGGAGGCCAAAAUAUAUCCAGAUGCUAAUGGAGAAGGCAAAAGUAAGAGAAAGGGAGCAUGAGAUCAUUUAUGAGAGGAAAAUUGCAAAAGAGAGGAGUAAAGAUGAUCAUCUCUUUGCAGACAAGGACAAGUUUGUAACUGCUGCUUACAAGAGGAAACUUCAAGAGCAGGCUAAGUGGUUGGAGGAAGAGCGUCUUCGUGAACUGCGAGAAGAGAGAGAUGAUGUUACAAAGAAAGCUGACAUCAGUGACUUUUACUUCAAUCUUCAAAAAAAUGUUGCCUUUGGAGGAGAGGGCAAGUCCAAGAAGGCUGAGAAUCAUCAUGAACAGGAAGCAGUUCGGCCAGAGGAAAAGCCUUCGUCAUCAGCAAAUGCACAUUCAGACAUGUCUGGAGAGAUAAAGAGGCAAGAUCAUGAAGCUUCCGCUUCUCCUCCUCGUAAAGAAAGGACUGAUCGGGCGGAUAUCAAGCCUCAUUCAGAUGGUUUGUCUGAAGAGGGGGCUGUAAAACCCGCUUCAGACAAUGGACUAACUGCUGUCACUGAAUCUGCUGCGAGUGAUCAACCAAAAGUUGACCAUCAUAAAAGAAAUCAGGAUGCUGUCUCUGCAGCUAAGGAACGCUAUUUGGCAAGGAAGAGGGCCAAGCAACAAUAGAUUAGUGAAAAAGGGAAUGAACGACCUUUCGAUCAUGUAACAAUAAGUGCUUGAACUGUACAGCGGCCAAAUGAUGGUAUAUCCACAUCAGGCGCAUUUCCUCUCUGGAUGAAGUUUUGCUAGAAGAGUCAAAGGGCUGGAUUGUCCCUAUGAUGUGAGAACUACAUUCUUACAGUGUACGGCUUUUAGUUGAAUAUAGUAAUCUCAAAUUGCACUACGUAGAAUCAAAGUAGAGAUAAUAGGAACCUUAUCCUUGUAAAUAGCAGUAAAUUAGUUGUGUCCAAUUCUGGUGGUACUUGAUGGCGAGAGAUCCCUAUGUUCCAAAAGACACCCAUGUGCCACCCUCCAACAAGGGUCUUGUGCUCUUGGUCUGUCACGGGCAUGUGGAUCUAUCUCAUAGUUGUCUUAUUAUCGAAUGGCAGCUUGUCUGUUACUGCCAAAGAAAACAGGGAGUGACGGCUCUAUGUUUAUCCUAU